UGAUAUUAGUUCGGUUCGAAACUCGUUCUGUUUUGUUCUAAAACUUUUUCUUUGUUACCCGAAGCAUUUUUCAUCGAUCUGUAUAAUGGCGGAUAUCGAUAGUAAAAAGAGUAAAAAUGUAUCAAUGAUGCAACUAAAGAGCCAGUCGGGUGUUGGGUCUCGGUCACAGAGUUUCGGGAUGAGAUCGAUGAGUCGGCUGAAAGUUAGGCGACAGUCUUUUGGGUUCUCCGGGGUCCCCGGCAUACGGCCUGUGGAGCGAACCUCUCAGAUUGCAAUUGAAUUCAAACGGCCCGUGCUCACCUAUUUGCCAACUUACCAACUGAGCUCAACUCACAAGUUCCAUCUUCCAACGGUACAGAAGAUAACUGAUGAACUGCUGGACGAACAUUGGACUGGCCACAAGUAUAAUGUUCAGGAUUCCCCUGCUCUAGCACUUCGUAUAGCAGGAGAGCUGAUGCGAAAACUCAAAGCAAUCCAGUUCAACCGAUACCGUAUAAUCAGUGUGGUCACUAUAGGACAAAAGAGAGCUCAGAGCUAUAAUAAUGCCGUGGCUUUCCUAUGGGACCACGAACGAGAUAACUAUGUCGAUGUCCAGAGGGAGGUUACCACCGCUUUCGUUCAAGUUACGACUUUCGGAGUAUAUUUGGACUAGAACAAGUAUUAAUUUUUAUUGACCAAUAGGUAUUUGCUAAAAUUUGAUAAAGAUAUAGUGCAAUAAACGCUACAUAGUCUAUCCACAGCUAACCAUUCAGCUUCAGAGAGCAAUUAGUGUAAUUUUAAUUUUCUCUUUGCAUUACGUUGCGCGUUCGGUCGGUCUUGAAAAUAAAAAAAUUAUAAAUAUUUUUGAUUCGUCAGUAAUGGAAGGUUUUGUGUAGUUAGAGCAUAGACAAUAAUGUCAAUUUACAUUAUUAGGUAGUAGUUUAGAGUGUAGACUGAUAGUAUUAAAAUAUGAAUCGG